ACGUUUACAGGAAAUCUCACUAUCAGGAAGUGGCAGAACUUUUCGGCGAUAUUUUCAUUUCUCUAACUUAAACCAAAAAAAAGAGUGGACUUUUACUCGUAAGAAUUUCAGGCGCUCACACCAGUCAGCAGGAGCUGCCGGAGAGGUCAUGAACCGUGUCCCUCUGCAGCAGCCACAGAGCUGUGGAUCCUGGGAGCUGAAGGAGCGUCUGGGGACCGGAGGCUUUGGAAAUGUCACCAGAUGGCAAAAUAAGGAUACGGAGGAGCAGAUUGCUAUUAAACAGUGCCGCCAGGAGCUGAGUGAGCGAAACAAGGAGAGAUGGUGUCUGGAGAUACAGAUGAUGAAGAGGUUGGAUCAUGCUAACGUGGUUGCGGCGAGGGAAGUCCCUGAGGGGAUGCAAAAGCUUGUGGCCACCAACGACCUGCCACUGCUGGCGAUGGAGUACUGCCAGGGAGGGGAUCUGAGAAAGUAUCUGAACCUCUUGGAGAACUGCUGUGGAAUGCGAGAGGGGUCCGUUUUGAUUCUGUUGUGCGACAUUUCCUCAGCGCUGACCUACCUCCACAAGAAGCGGAUAAUCCACAGAGAUCUGAAACCCGAAAACAUUGUCCUGCAGCAGGGAGAGAAGCGGUUGAUCCACAAGAUCAUCGACCUCGGCUAUGCAAAGGAGCUGGACCAGAACAGUCUUUGCACCUCCUUUGUGGGAACGCUACAAUACUUGGCUCCAGAGCUCAUCGAGAGGCAGAAGUACACGCUCACUGUGGACUACUGGAGCUUCGGGACAUUGGUGUUUGAAUGCAUUACAGGAUUUCGCCCCUUUUUGCCAACCUGGCAACCUGUUCUCUGGCACAAUAAACUACGAAUGAAGCAAGACAGUGACAUUGUUGUCUAUGAGGAUCUCUCUGCUGUGGUCCGCUUCUCCAAACACCUUCCUCAGCCCAACACCCUCAACAGUCUUUUAGCAGAGAAGCUGGAGAGGUGGCUGCGGCUGAUGCUCAAGUGGUCUCCGGAAGAAAGGGGCAAAGAUCCUGAAGCCACACCCAGCAACUGUUUCUCCCAGCUGGAUCUUAUUCUGCAGCUCAAACUGGUUCACGUUUUGAACAUGACGACUGCGAAGAUCCUGACAUAUUCCAUCUCCAGUGACGACUCGGUGGCCGACCUGCAGAGGAGGAUAGAAGAGGACACAGGCAUCCCUGCAGCCAAGCAGGAGCUGCUGCUGGAGGCCGGUUUAGCUUUGGAGCCCCAAGGGUUGGCCACGCAGUGUGCCAUCGAUUACAGUGAGAUAGAUGGCCGACGGACAGACUUACCUCUCGUCUUCCUGUUUGAUCGCUCCUCUUGUAGUUACGAGCCACCAUUGACGCCUCGCACCCUCCCCGAAAAUAUCUGCUUUGUCCAAAAUGACCCCAAGCACGUUCUGGCUUACAGCCAUCUGAGGAGGACCUGUGGCCAGGCGUGGCACACCAUCCGCUCCCUGAAGGAGGACUGGCAGAGGCUGCAGCAGGGACAGAAAGCUGCCAUCAUGAGCUUGCUGAGACACAACUCAUCACUAUCUAAGCAAAAGAAUGAGAUGGUGUCCAUGCACCAGAGACUCAUGGCUAAGCUGGACUUCUUCACCACCAGCCUUCACAUAGACAUGGACAAGUACCAGGAACAGACCGCCACUGGGAUUGCUUCCGAGAAACUGCUGGGAGUGUGGAGGGAGAUGGAGCAGACUGCUGUUAGCUGCGGUCAGCCCAAAGUGAGUGAACUGGAGGAUGAGAUGAUGCACCUACAGCAAGACAUUCUGGACGUUCAGCGCCAGCCGUGGAGGAGCGGGGAGGCGUUGGACACACUUGAGGGAAAGGCCUUGGAGCUGCUGCGCAAACUCAGAGAGAAACCUAAAGACCAGCGGUGUUCAGGUGACGGCCAGGAGGUAGUGCGCCUGGUGGUUCAGGCAGUGCAAUUCUACGAGAGGAAGCUCAGAGACUUCUACACACAUCUUAGUAAGACAGGCAUUUGUCGCCAGCGUGUGAUGGAGCUGCUGCCCAAGGUGGAAGGUGUGGUGAUGAAGAUGGCUGAGAGCGAACAAGUCCUGAUGGGUCUGCAAGAGAAGCGACAAAGGGAGCUCUGGAACCUCCUCAAAGUGGCAUGUAGUAAAGUUCGGAGCCCUGUAAGUGGGAGCCCUGAUGGAUCUCGAACGCCCUCUUCAGUGCCACCCCUAAUGACCCCCCGACACAGUUUACAGCAGUUGGAUGAGUCUCUGGUGGAGGAGAGCAAGAAUUUUGAGAGUCGACUGCAGAGUUUGCUGCAUGAUACCAUCCAGGAGUCGGAGAGCAGUAUGGAGAUGUUAAGGGAGUGGACGUGGCUGCAUGGAAGCCAACGUUUCUCCAGCGACCUCUCCUAGAUGUGGACGUCCUCUGCUGCCUCUGAGUGGCUGUGAGCACAAACUACACAACAGAAGGGAAAAUAAGGCCCACCUUUUGCAACUUAUUUAAUGCACAGUGACAUUUGUUGCAUUCAUUUGUUGUUUUAUAUAAAAGUUGAACACGCUUCGACGCCCUGGAUCAAGGGUGUGAAAUUCUUCACAAGGCAGCUUAUCAUCCUUUUUACAACUAAGAUCUGAUUGAGUUCAGAAUGUACGAUCAUCUGUUACUGGUCACUGGUGACUUUAUAAGUAAUGGAAGAAUAAAUCAUUUGUUUUACUACAGACAUUUUUAGGUAACAUUUUCCCAUUCUUAACUGUCAUAAAGUGUAGAGUAAAGUUAGACGUGGUCAAAUAUAAUAAGCAUCUACUCAGGGAGAACUUUUUUGUAAGAUUUGUAAAGAUUUACUUGUGUCAAGGCAACAGUAGCCAUUUUAUUAUAUCUUCACAUAGAAUCAUACAAUAGAAUUUAAACAGGAUGUAACUUAGGGGUAGUCAGUGUACAACUCUUCUCUGAAAACGAGAGGACACACGAGAGAACCAUUACUCGCCAUUGCCGGCAGCAUUCAUGCUGCCCAAAACCAUGGUGCCGUUGCCAAUAAUGGCUGUGUGUUGGCUCAUUUUCAGUGUAAGGUAACGCUAUACUGCUAUACAAGGUAACGCUAUACUGCUAUACAAGUUGUACACUGACUAAUGACACUGAUUAAUGUCAUGUAUUAUUUUAGACAUGUACAGUGAUUUUUGAAUGUCAUGUUUCCAUGUCAAGUGUUAUGAGGACACAAAAACAAAUGUUCACCACUUUUUUAUUCCACUGAUUCAAUAAAAUCAGUUGAGAAAACAAGCAUAACAAGUGAAAUGUUUCUGAACACAACAGGACAACAGCCAAAAAAAAAAUAGACCUUUCUGGCAAGUGAAGGUUCUGAGGUGAAGUGUUGGAAUUAAAGGUUCCUUCAUCUUUUAUUGCACUGUUUAUUAUAUAGUCGCUGUAUUUGGCAACAAGGCAAAAAAAGGGAGGGAGGUUUGCUUGAAAACAUGCAACAAUGAAACACCCAGGCAUUCACAUUCUAAUAGUAAUUUGUUUAUGAGAGCCAAGCAAGUUGAUAAUGAAGUUGAACAAGCUCAAAAUUAUUCAUACCCUGGCCAGAGAUUAUUAUUUUGUUUGCUGAAUCUUAUAGCUGUAAAUGAUGCAAGAAGUCGUACAAUACUGGAGUUCUUGAUAAAAGAUUUAAAAAAUAGAUGUACUUUUGGUUGUUUUGUUUUUUUACAUUUGAGAAGUUAUUUAGAUUACUGAUAUUGGAUAAUUUAGAGGAAAGUUAAUUUAGAGGAAAGUUAAAAGGGGACUGAUUCUGCUCAUUUUUCAACCCUUUGUAUUAAGUUGUGGUCUUCUAUAGAUCAGCUACACACAAUAACCCACACAAAAAGCUUUCUAUGUCUUCUGAAUCUGCACCUAUUCCAGGUGUAUUCCAUUGGAUUUCCAAAAAGGUCACCUAUUCCAGGUGUAUUCCAUUGGAUUUCCAAAAAGGUCUAUCUCACUGCCCGUCUCCGGGCACGCCCACACCACAGUGAUUGGUCCCACUCAGCUUGUACAGCUUGUACCCGGAAACAGCCAUAUAAAGAAGUCUGGUUCAAUGUGACAUCACAGUAAGCUGGUGUUUGAAAAAAAAACUCUCUGAAAGGGCAUUCACAGCCAUCCAG